UUGUAGCAAUUCGCUCUAUUCGCUAUUCAAAAUGGCGACGGUGUUGCGUUCACGGUGCGCGUUUGCGCGACUUUUUGCCGGAAAAACUGGACAAAUCUUGAACAACUCGACUGAUUUAGGAAUAAAAUCAGCCCCAGAAUCACUAUCGACAACACUCGCCUCCCGGAGUUACUCAAGUUAUGCGAAGUCACCAUUUGCGGACAAAAUAUCUGAACAAUACAAUUAUGAAAUAGUGAAAAAUCCACCUGAAUGGGCAUUCGUUGAACAACUUUUGCCGUUUGAAACCAUUCCGAAAGUGAAGCCUAAAGAUUCUUAUCCGUCUGGUUGGGUACCACCUAAAGAAGAAGCAGUUAAUCAUCCUUAUUUCUUAAAAAGAAAUAAAAACCACGAAAUUCCGAUAUAUUUGAAUUUGUAUAACAGAGGUGCGCGCAAAAUUACUAGAUUGAAAGGAAUUGAUGGUGAUAUUUGGUUACUGAACGAUGAAAUAAAAAGUUUAUUAAAAAAGAAACAUAACAAAUAUGUAGAAACUAGAGUACAUGAGCUAGGCACAUUUAUCGAUGUAAAAGGAGAUUAUGUCAAUGAUCUUCAAGAAUGGGCAUUUUCUAAAGGUUUUUAAGUAGAACGACAAAUUUGUAGAGAAUAAAUUGAUUUAACUAGA